AGGCAGGGGGGUGCCGAGAGACAAGUGAGGAUCUGAAGCUGAGGAAGCAUCAUGGCAGUGUUUCUGGAGGCCAAGAAUGCCCAUUCGGUCCUGAAACGGUUCCCUCGCGCCAACGAGUUCCUGGAGGAGCUGCGGCAGGGCACUAUUGAACGAGAGUGCAUGGAAGAGAUCUGCAGCUACGAGGAGGUCAAGGAGGUGUUUGAGAACAAAGAGAAAACGAUGGAGUUCUGGAAGGGGUACCCGAAUGCGGUCUACUCGGUCCGAGACCCCUCGCAGAGCUCAGACGCCAUGUACGUGGUUGUGCCCCUUCUGGGGGUGGCGUUACUGAUUGUCAUCGCCUUGUUCAUUAUCUGGAGGUGCCAGCUGCAGAAAGCGACGCGUCACCAUCCCUCCUAUGCUCAGAACCGGUACCUAGCCAGUCGCGCCGGGCACAGCCUCCCCCGUGUCAUGGUGUACCGGGGCACUGUGCAUAGCCAAGGGGAGUCCUCUGGGCACCGGGAGGCAGGGAGCAACCCCCAGGUGGUGCUGGGGCCCAAUCGGGGGGGCAGAACCACGGUCCGACUGGAGAGUACCCUCUACCUCCCUGAGCUGUCUCUCUCCAGACUGUCCAGCGCCACCCCUCCCCCCUCCUAUGAGGAAGUGACCGCACCCCAGGAGAGCAGCAGUGAGGAGGCCAGUGUCUCUUACAGUGACCCACCCCCAAAGUAUGAGGAGAUAGUGGCCGCCAACCUUGGCGCUGACAAGUAGUGGAACGUGGGUCCCAUCCCAGGUGAACGCCUCUUUUGGAGGCCUCCUCUUUUCUUUUUAACUUUUUAAAGACUGUGCCACCACAAAACAGCCUUAGCCUCCUUGUUGCCAAAUAAUUCCCUAACCGUGGAGUUUAGGAAGUCAGUUGUCAGAGACAGGUGGGGAGGGUGGGAGUAGGGAGCAUGCAUGAGUCGAAGUCCCCAGAAAGAGUCACAGGCCAGAGCUCCUAGCUCUUCCAAAUGCCUCCCAUCCCCCCACCAUCCUGUCCUCCCAUCAGGGACUGGCUUCUCUUAUGCCAAAGGAACCCCCCCCGUUGAGUGGACUGUGGACAGAAUGUCCGCGGGCCCGACACCAGGGUUGUGACGCUGGCUAGCGGCCUGACCGUGCCUGGAGCCCUGGGCCCAGAGGUCAGGGAGGGAAGCCAGCUCCUCAGCACCCCUUAUACUC